UUUGACUUUUGUUGUUUGUGAGUUUUGACAUAAAUUUAUUCUUCGUGAUAUUCAUCGAUUUAUUGAAAAUAUAGUAAAACGACGCCGCUAUAAUCAUUAGACAUUAGUCGAUAAGAAACAAACAUUAUAUGUAUUAAAGUGUAAGAUUCCGAUAUCAUGGCCAAUAAGGAUGACGAAGAAACGUAUCUAGACGACGACGUCUAUAUAAACCCCGAAGAUGGUAUGCCAAACAUCCAUCCUAAUAUUGCGAACUUUGGCGAAUUGGCGAAUCAAGACGCCGACUCUCAAGAGGUAUCCAACGAUUUGGACGACUUACCUAAAUCUGUAAUCGUAACAAACAUACAUAGUGACGUUUUCGGGGACGACAAAUUGAAAAAGGAUCUAGAAGAUCUAUUUCGCACAUUUUCAGAUAAUAUAACGUUUCAGUGGUUGCGAAGUUUUAAACGCUUACGUGUUAAUUAUGACAGUCCACUAGCGGCGGCGAAUGCUCGUGUGAGGUUACACCAAUAUCCAUUUUAUACUUCGUCCAUCAAUUGUUAUUUUGCACAACCAGUGACGCCAAUCUCUAUAAAGAACUUAAGACCGCCGGCUCCCGUUAAACAGUACCUGAUUUCACCUCCGGCUAGUCCCCCUAUUGGCUGGGAGCCACGGGAAGAGGGUGAGCCGAUAGUAAACCCUGACUUACUAGCAGCAAUAGCCAGUCUAGCUCCAGGCGAGAGUCACGAACUACAUGCACCCACCCCAACUCAACCUGCCAUAGUGGUACAUACUGCUUUGUCACCUGAGACCAAUGCACCUACAGUAGGCUGCCAAAUACAACAUACUCGUUGUCCUGAAUAUUGAUAAGCCUUGUUAUGAAAUGUAGGAAAUUUAUUUUUAGAUUAGAUGUUUAAAUGCUUUUUAUUUUAUCACAUGUCAAUUUUAAAUGACCAGUGAUGCCAAAGAGGAAAAUGCUAAACCUAUUUUAUACUUAUUGUUGUAUCAAAUUUUAGGCUGACAUAUGUUGAACAGACAUUUUAUAUCACUAUUAAUAAACAUAGGCUUACAUAAAUUGGCUUAUUAUUUUAGUUUGACAAGUAAAAUAUUUAUAUAUUGAAUUGGUGCUAUUUUUUGACAAUUUAACAUUGCUUAUGUUUUUAAAUGUAUUAUAGAAUAAUGCGAAGUAACUUUCUCUUUGUUAUAAUAAAUCUUUAUUCUAAUUGAAUACCCUUUAUACAUACUUACAAGGAAACAAAAGUUGCAGUUACUCAAAGAACAAAAAUAAUAUAUAUGUAAUAUCUAAAGAAUCAAAAGAAAUAUCAAUCUGCAACAAAUUUGUACCCACUAUUCUGAAUAAACUUGCUCAAUAUUAUAAACUAUUUUAAUUUCAUGACAUACUAAAAAUAUGAGGCAACUUGUACUUAUGUAGAAUUGUUAUUACAAAAUUAUUGUUUUAUUAUUGGAAUUUUUUCUAGAAAAAUAAUUUGUUUAUAUUUUCUAAUUCACUUUAUAACCUGUGGUAAACAUGCUUAUAAGAUUUGACUAUUUGUGUAGCAGUUCUUAUUCUUUGAAGACACAACAAUGAUAAGAAAAAGAUAGGUUUUAUUACUGGGUUGUCCUACCCCGUUCCCUGUCUGAGAUUCUCUUUCUUUUGUAUGUAUUUCAUUGAUGUUACAACUAAAAAUAUUGACACUUUAAAUUUGGCUACUCACAUUUGUGUGCUUGUAAGUGUGGAGUAUGCAUAGUGCUGAUUCUGUCUAUAAGUAAACUAAAUUGAAACGAAUCAAUUUAGUUCACAAUAUUUGCAGUGAAAAAGCAUUGCUCUGUUCUUAGACAUGUAAUGGUUUUUAGUCUAGAUAGAAUUUGUGAACAACAAAAUUUGUAAUAUUGUCCUAUCCCAUUCCCCCCAGGAUACAUAAGAAGACAUGUUAAGCUAUAGGUCCGGGUUACUGCAAUAGUUCUAGUGCCCAUUUUAAUGCCCCUCUGAUGGAAAGAGGGAAAUUGCCAGUCAAUGAUGUAACUCAUUUAGCUCUUUUAGCAUAUAACAUCAGGGAGGUAGAGUGUGUCAAAACAAAUUGAGUUAAAAGAUCUGUGAUCCUUAAAAGUUAUUGGCAGAAUGUAUUUAUCUUACCAUAUCAAGCAAACAUUGCAAUAUAUUCAUGAAUAAAUGUGUACUAAUGUAAAUGAUAGAAAGUUUAAUAAUCUUUAUAAUUUUUUACCGUUUAAUAAUAAAAUACAAAUGGCAGUAUUUCCGCUUGGAACUCGAAAAGCUCUUAUAUUUCAAUGAUACAUAAUGUUGUUUUAAACUGUAAUUUAUUUCAUUGCUCGGACUUAAUUUAUUGUUGUUACACUAAGGGCACAUGUUUUAAUUACAUAAUUUAGGAAAAAUCUAAAUAAAUUAUAGAAAAGUCAAAUGAUUUUGCAGAUUUUUAAUUAAAGCUAAAUGUAAUAUUUAUUCUAAGUAAAAAGCUAUAAAUUGGUGAUUUAAAAAAUCUGCUUGAAAAAUAAAUCUCCAUAUAAUUAAUUUAUUUUGUGUGAACAUUUGUCUAUAAUAACAUACUUACUUAUUAAAUAUUAUAUAGUAAAAUGUUUUGCGAUAAUCUCGCAACUGAUUAAUUAGUAAUGUGGUAUAUACACGGUUGUUGGUAUGUGAAAUCGUAUUUUUGGAAUGUUUGAUUAGAAGGUAACUUACACCAAUUUUGCCCAUUUUCAUUUAUUUCUGCUGUGAUCUUGUUAUUCACGUUUUAUGUAGAUUUGGGUAGGGGGUAAUUUAAUAACUCAUUCGAAUUUCCUCCUUUAAAAAGUUAUCCAAAAGUCGAAAAAGUUGUCAUCCAGCACUGUUUCCGUAAUUUCCUGUGUUCUUGGAUCUGUUGUUUAGGGUGUGGAUAACCGUUUUGUAAUGUUCAAAAGAAUUGGAGCUCAGAUAGUAUUAAGCCAUGAAUUACUAACUCUGUAGACCUAGUAUCAGAUCCCAAGAAGCUGCAGGAAUAGGAUCAUACAGCUGAAUACACUUAAUCAAGCAGAUUUUGGACUUCUGAGGAAUUAAUUGCUUAUUAGGAUCUCAUAUCUGUGUUUUUUUUUUUUAAAACCGAAGUAAAUUAUCAAAAAAGCAAUAGCGUUAUAAGUAUACAGAUAAAUAAAAAAAAAAAAACAAAUGUUUUUAUAUAUUCAUGUAUUUUUUUUUACUUUUUAAAAUAUCUUUCGUUAAAAGGGUAACGAAAAUAUUGUUAACAUGAAAGACUGGUCCAAUGGCCUUUCAUAAUGUUGACACAUGUUGGGUGCAAAUAUGUUUUUAUUGAAUUCUUUGCUAUCUUACCCGUCAGAUUAAUAGAAUUAAGUUGUUAACGUUCCUCCUAGUACUCUGUAGCUUUAAUCCUAAUUUAUAUUAUAAUUAUUUAUUACUUAGUUACUUUAACUUAUUUUAAUUGUAUAUUUCUACUAUAUCAAUCAUU